CUCUUGUCUCGUCUUGAGGUUUGAAAGGUGGAGCUUCGUGGAGUUCCUCUUGGUUUCAUUUACAGUUAAGCAAACGGUUUUGCUUGUGUCAGUUCUGUCAUGGUUGACAUCACUGAAGUCCCUCAGGAUCUUAAUUAGUGUCUUCUGCCUGUAUGAAAGAUGACUGAGAUCCAGUACCUGGCUUAUCUGUGGACUCUGGUCAUCAUUACACAGACGGGAUGUGUAUGCAGUGAUAUUCAGUUCUUGGAGAGGCAUGAGGGGGAAUCUGUGGUUCUUCCCUGUGUGGUUGAUCAGAAAAACCCUUCGCCCUUUGCUGUGUACCUCAAGCGCAGCUGGCUGCAACCAGGUGAAGUGCUGUUCAUGCACACCAAGGAUGAGUGUCAUGUAACAAAUAACGACGACAAAAGCCGCACCAGUACCAGUGGAGACCCGAGCAGGCACUCUCUGAAUGUAACCAUCUCUCAGCUGAGGGCCAGUGACACUGACCGCUACUACUGUGAGUUUUAUGUCGAUGACCACCUUGGAGAAGACAAACCAUUGCCUGAAAGGACGGAGUUCUUCCUCCUUGUGAAUGCCGAUACCCCUGGGUCAGUGGACAUAGGGUUGGUGGAGACGUGUGCUGGGGGCUCAGCUGUACUCCCCUGUUUCCCCCCAAACGGGGAGGGCUCGGCUGUGGAGGGGGUGAGUCUGAAGCGACAGAAGGGCCGGGCACCUGUGGAGGUGUUGUACCACUCAAAGCAUCACCAUGGCAGAAGCCCUGCAUCCUCCUCGUCCAAGUUUCCCGGCGAGAAGUUUCAGUUGUCCACGGUGCCCGGACCCGGUGGCAUCACCUACAACCUCACCCUGCAGCAGUUGCAGCCAGACGACAGCGCCCUGUACAGCUGCCAGCUGCUCCUGCAGGGCAGGUCCGGCAGCAGCACCAGUCUAGGAAGAAAACAGUUCUUUGUUUCUGUGCAAGGAGCUCAGUGUGGCUGUCCCAGCUACUCUACUCUGCUGUAUGCUUUGUCCUCAGCUGUGGCCAUUCUCAUUUUCCUCCUCGGAUUUGUAUUGAUUUAUCAAGGCAAAUCGCGUCGCAGAGUCAAGUCACAACCUCAGGCCCCCAUCUACGAGGAUAUGGCUGGUGUGCAGCUUGCCAGUCAAAAACUGGCCUCUCGACAUCUGCAGGAAAUGGAGCCCUCUGAGUACAGGAACUGCCCUGUGAAGAAAUCCUGUCCCGAAAACUAUUAUGAAAGCCCCACUGGGGCCCUCCACCCCAGGAAGGAGUCCCAGAAUUAACAAGACCAGCUUAUCAACUCAGCUGCCUGAAACUCACUGGACCCCAGUUAGCUAAGCAGCUAAGAUUCUCCUCAGACAGUUUUUUACAAAUUGCAUGUAUAUUUCACCAUUUGAAGAGUGUUUAUAUUUUGGCAUUUUCAUAAGAGCCUUUAUAAAUAUUGGCUGCCAAUGGGGUAAGUGAUAUGGACAAAAACUUCCACCGCAUUUAAAUGCCAAUGCAAAAUGUUGAAAGACAUUUUCUGAAAAAAUGAAUUCAUAAAUGAUAAAUUAAUUAAUAAAUUGACAUUAUUGGAUAAAAUAACCAGAUAGGAAUGUCUGUUUUUGUUUCUAACCAAAAUGCAUUGUGUGUCCAUAAGGUCUAACUGAAUGCACUGCCUCCCUUAGCUUAUUUUUGAACGAAUUUGAAACUAUUGAAAAAUAGUUUAUUUAUUAAAACAAAUGUCCCGCAAUAAAUCCUUCAUCAUAAAGGCCAUAAUGUUCCGUUUUUGUUUAAACUGUUUAGAGAGAUGCUGAUUCAACUUUAUUGUCAUUUUAAUUAAUUGUUAUUAUUAUUAAUAUAAAUGGGGAAAAUAUAAUAGUAACACCUAUCAGUAUGACACAAUACAAUUCAACAGCACCAUAUGCCACAUUCUCUGAAGUCAAUAAAGUUGAAUCUGUGAAAGUUUUAACUGAACAUUAUAACCUAGAUGAAAGGCAGAUUUAUUGCAGGACUGUUAGACUGCAUUAGUUUUAGCUGACCGUCUCUCCUGGAAGACGUUUAUAGUAUUGCACUUGGUUUUAUAAGCUGUUCUGAUGAAGUAUACCGACACCCUACAAAAAACCCCCAUCACAUAACGUGUGACAGCUUGCUUGUACAGAAGUUACUAACAAAAACUUUUCAAAAUGUCGCUCCAUAGUGCUACUAAUGGUGAAAAGCUUCCCAGAGUACCUUUAAAUACUUGACUAAUCAAAUGACUAUCAUAUUGAUCCAAUACUGACCUACAAGCAGCUUAUAUACUGUCAUGUCACCCACCCCUAAUAUACUGUAUGUUAAAUAUCCUCUUUUGUGCUUAUAUUCAGUAUGCAUUAAAAUAAAGUUACUUUAAAUCAAUAUGAAUCACAACUGAA